CUGUUCUCUCUCCCUAUCGCUCUCUAUCACCGCCUUUCAGAUCUUUAAAAGCUGCUGCUUGCUGUCUCUCACUCGUUCUCCGUUUGUAUCCUCUGGCACUGCAGGGGAGUCCUGGCUGCCUCGCCACUGCACAGGCUGAGCACCAAGCAAAGCUGAAAAGCGAGCAAAGAAAACAGAGAAGGGGAAAGAGAAAUAGACUUCCAGAAAUAGCAUCAGCAGCCACGUACGGCCGAACAGUGCAUGAGGACCAGAGACCCGGACGCAAGAUGUCUCUCCUCUUUAACUUGAUGUCUGUUGUCCUGUUGCUCAUCGUCCACUGCAGUUCCUGGUCCCUGGCCAGCCGCAUGGGCCCCCACAAUAACUGCCUGACCUGCAAAGACAGCCAUUCCUUGGGUGUGGGUAGGGCCUCCAGAGACCACGCCGGGGCGGCCAGCACGACCAUCCUGGCAUUAGGGGAACCCUGCGGGGUAUACACCAUGAGCUGUGCCAAGGGGCUUCGCUGCGUGCCCCUUCCGCGUGAGCAAAGCCCCCUCCAGGCUCUGCUGCAGGGCAGAGGGCUUUGCGCCAAACAGAGCAAAUUCAGUCCCACCGACAGGCCCCGCCCCACAGGGCCCCAUCCUUCACAUAGUGGUGAAAUAGAAAAGGCUCCAUGUCGUAAGCGGCUCAACACUGUGUUGCGAGGUCUUGAGCUUACCAUUUUUCAGUCCGAUCGUGACAUCUACAUCCCCAACUGUGACACUCGAGGGUUCUACAGGAAAAAGCAGUGUUGGUCCUCUAAAGGUAUGCAGCGUGGAAAUUGCUGGUGUGUCGACGAGCUGGGCAACGCUGUGCCAUCACGUGCUGGGGAAGAUGGCAUUUUACCAUGUGAUGGAGAGUGAGGUCAGCGACGGCUCCACAGCUCUGAGCCUGGAGGAAGAGGACGAGGAGGAGUACAGGGAGAGGGGAUGACUUCAGCUCGGUGCAAACACUGCCUGACCAGGACACACCAGGGAUAAACCACUUCACAUGGAAAGGGCCCUCACCAGACUGUCCAGACCUUCAUAUGGAAGGUUCACAUCACUGCCAUAAACCUCAAAGUCCUCAAUGUCACAAACAGACAGUAAAAGCACAUAGAAACAAUAACCACUUCAAGUUUAAGUUGAGAUAGGUUGGCUUUUACGGAGAGCUAUUGAAUCUGGGGCCCUAUAGUACAACAUCUUGUGUGUGAUAGCUUUCAGUGCAUGUUCUCUCAUUAUGUUCUUUGUUUUUUCUUUCUCAGUGGGCUCUAAUACGUUUACGCAGAUGGGGCGAUGAUGUCCUCUAUCCCCUUAUCGUCCCCUCUUCCCCUCUCCAACAAUACACUGACUAUGCUUAAAGGAAUAGUUAAUUAUGUACUCAUCUUACUCAUGCCAUUACAAACCUGUAUGCUGUUAUUUUUCCAAAGAACACAAAAGGAGACAUUCUGAAGAAUCUUUGUGCAGCUCCAUUCCAAGAAAUUCUAAUUGAUCGCAGCUUUCAAGCCAUUAAAAAAAGGAAAACAAAACCCACCAUAAAAGUUGUCCAUGUGACUCAUGUGCUAUUUUCCAAGUCUUCUGAAACCAUAUAAUAUUACAUUUGUUUUAUGUCACUAUGAAAUCUCAUUCAUGUAUGAGUUCAGAGUCAAAAAUGCCACAUUGAUGAAUUGUGCUAGUUAAACAUAGGCUUACUGAUGCCAAAACAUCAUUGAUUCUCGAAUAUGUCAUAACCAAACACAACACGCCAAUUUGAGGAUGCAGAAUGAGAUUUAAUAGCUGCAGAAGUGAAGAUUUUCAAUUGAAAAAGACUUAUUUUUCACACAAAGUUAUCGUAUGGCUUCAGAAGACUUGGAAUAUAGUGCAUGAACUAUACUUUUAGUAUGCACUACUUUUAUGUUGUUUUUUUAUUGGUGUUUUUGUCAUUUUUGGAGCUUGAUAUGUUCAUGAUGUGGCCACUUUUUGUCAUUGGAUUCUUCAAAAUGUCUUCAUUAGUGUUCCAUGGAAAAAUAACAGUAUUUGGUUUGGAACAACAUGAGGGUGAGUAAAUAAUGACAGCGUUUUCAAUUUGGGGUGAACUAUUCCUUUAAGAAAAUGGAAUAUACCUUUUGAUCUAAUUUAUUUUGAACUAUUACAAAAUUCCCUUGAAUACUUUCACUGAAGACUUUAAAUAACUUUUAAAUCGUACACAUUGACAUAUCAAGACAUCAAAAUGUUAUCAUGUGUUCAAAUAAUUUGGGAACUCUAUUCAAUUUCAUUACUAUGACACUCUGACUGCAAAUACGUGUUGUGGAUUAUUUGUACAUAAGUGAGGUUUUCGUGGUUGGUUGUGUCAUAAGGUGGAACUAUUAUUGAAUGCUGAUGGCUGUUACCUUUUUUGAGAAGUUGUAAGGCAUAUUUUUAUAUAUUUCAAUAUGCUGCUUAUAUAUAUAUAUAUAUAUAUAUAUAUAUAUAUAUAUAUAUAUAUAUAUAUAUAUAUAUAUAUAAAUAUAAAUUGCUGGUUUAUUUAAUGAACUAUAAUGCCAUGUAUUUUUAUAUUGUCAGCAGUUUUUCAUUGUUAACAGAGUUUAUUUGAUUUGCUAAGAGAGUGAGCGCCAUGUAUUUGUGACACCUUAAUAAGAGAUAGCAAACUAUGACAAAUACACAAAUUAAGCACAUCCCUUAGAGAGCAAUUACUGCUGUACAUGUGUUUGUUUCUAUAAAAUGAUUAUUUCAUUUCACGACUGUUUCACUAUUUAUGUUGAUCUGUAGACCCUUCAGUAUUUGAACGUGUUAUUAUAUAGCUUAAUCUUGUUUUGCGUUUCAGUUUUGUUCAGAAUUCAGCAUUUACUCAUUCCCACAAAUUCAUUGAGAGUAAGUACAAAAUAAUGUUGUAUCUAUAAUGUGCCAGUCAUUGUGGGCCCUUUAAAAGGAAGAUCUGCAAAAAACAAAAAAGUGUGCAAGAUCUAUGAGAAAAAAAUAAACUGAUACAAAGACAAAUAAAAGCAUAU